CUCCCAAAAGCACACAUAAAUAUACCUUCCCUCACUUCUCUAUCUCAAUCCCCAACCAAAUCAAUUUCUUAUUAUCUUCUCCUUUUGUUCUCACUAAGAAAAAAAACCUGCAUUAUAAAUCUUCAAGAACACAACCACAAGUGACAAAACUGGGUUCAUUAAAGUCUCUGUAUCUUCACGUAAAGCUAGAGCUCAUGGAGACUGAUUGGGGGCCGGUUUUCGUGGCGCUGGUGAUGUUCAUAUUGCUCUCACCGGGGUUUCUUUUCCAGUUCCCAGCGCGGAGAAGAGUGAUGGAGUUUGGAAAUAUGUACACCAGUGGGAUUUCGAUCUUGGUUCAUGCAGUGUUGUAUUUUUGUAUAUACACAAUCUUGAUUGUUGCUGUAGGAAUUCAUAUACAUUUCCAGUGAUAUAUCGUGAGUCCGAAUAAUUCUUUACUCUAUACUUACGUCUUUCUUUUGGAAUAAAUUGACAUGAGUAGUUUUUAGUUUGUACAGUGUUGCACUGCAUGGGAAUUGUUUGAUUUUA